AUGGCCAGGGUUUCGGGAUACUGGUACUCUAUUUCCAUGGCCUCGGAUGAUCUGAAGCGGAUUAAAGAAAAUGGGGACCUACGAGUCUUUGUACGGCACAUCGAACACUUGAGGAACGGGAGCCUUAAAUUCGAUUUCCGCUUCAUGAUACAGGGGGAUUGCGUGGCCGUGACCGUGGUCUGUGAGAAGAUGAAGGGCGAUGGGGAGUACUCCAUUGUUUAUAAUGGGAAGAACAAGGUCACAGUUCUGGAGACCGACUUCUGGCUGUACAUCACCUUCCACCUGCAGAACCUCAGGAAUGGGACCAAGACCCAAGUGCUGGCUCUCUAUGGACGGAUUCCCCAGCUGAACCCUUCCUACCUGGACAGAUUUAAAAUGAUCUGCAAAACAUACGGACUCAGUUCAGAAAAUAUCAUUGACAUGACCAACCAAGGUUACUGUCCCUUCAAGCGGUAG